AUGAAGUACUCUCUCUUCACCGCCGUUGUUGCGGCUUUCGCAUCUGGUGUCAGCGCUGCUGACGCCGUCAAGGGCGCUGCUGAGGGUUUUGCUAAGGGUGUCACUGGUGGUGGCAGCGCCAAACCUGUCUACCCCUCCACUACUGCGGAGCUCAUCAGCUACCUCGGUGACUCUUCUCCUCGUGUCAUUGUCCUCACCAAGACUUUCGACUUCACUGGCACUGAGGGUAAGGCUACCGCUGCUGGUUGCCGCCCAUGGGGAACUGGCUCCGCUUGCCAGAUCGCCAUCAACAAGGACGGCUGGUGCGACAACUACCAGCCUAACGCUCCCAAAGUUAGCAGCAUUACCUACGACAAGGCUGGUAUGCUCGGAAUCACUGUCAAGUCCAACAAGUCUUUGAUUGGACAGGGCAGCAAGGGUGUCAUCAAGGGCAAGGGUAUUCGCAUGACUGGCAACGUCAAGAACAUCAUUGUUCAGAAUGUCCGUUUCACUGAGAUCAACCCUCAAUACGUCUGGGGUGGUGAUGCCAUCACCGUUGACGGCGCCGACAUGAUCUGGAUCGAUCACGUCACCACCGACCUCAUCGCCCGCCAACACAUUGUUCUCGGUAACGGCGCUUCCGGUCGCGUUUCCAUCACCAACAACGAGAUCAACGGUGCCACCGCCUGGUCUGCCACCUGCGAUGGUCACCACUACUGGGGCAUGUACUUCACUGGCAGCUCCGACAUGGUCACCCUCAAGGGCAACUACAUCCACCACACCUCCGGCCGCUCCCCCAAGGUCGCUGGUAACACCCUUCUCCACGCCGUCAACAACUACUUCUAUGCCAACUCCCAGCACGCUUUCGAGGCCGACUCUGGUGCCAAGAUCAUCGCUGAGGGUAACGUCUUCCAGAACGUCAAGGAGGCUGCUCAGUCUGGUCUCCCAGGCAAGGUUUUCGCUGUUGGCUCCAACGGCUCUGCCUGCAAGUCUGCUAUGGGCCGCAACUGCGAGCCCAACGCUUACGGCAGCUCUGGCACCAUGACUGGCUCUGACACCAGCAUCAUUGCCGGCAUGAAGGGCAAGAACAUUGCCGCUGCCGGUACUGCUGCCAGCGCCAAGAACGUCCAGCAGACCGCUGGUUACGGAAAGAUCUAA